AGAGCUUUGGUUCCUUCUUCUACAAACAUGUAUAUACCCAAAUUCUUAAACAUGGCCAUUUUUGCAAUUUGUUUGUGUCUCAAUUUCUUCUUCUAUCCCUUGAGAAAAAACAUACUACUCUGAAUAUACUAGUUUUCUCUUUGCAAGUAAAAUUACCUGCAAAAAUGAAUGAAAAUUGAAGAAAUGAUAAAGUUGUGAUUUUUUUUGGGAGAAAUAAAAAGAGGCUGCUAUGGAUUUUUGGAGAAAACAGCUUCCUUAUAGGCUGUAGUCUUCCUUGCUGAUGACAAACAGCAAUGACGAUGAUAUUGAUUUAGGACUUGCUGUAGGUUGCACCACUCAUAAUGUUAAGACAAAGACGGAAGAUGAUUCGGGUGCAGGUGUAAAUGCAAGCUCAAUGGUCGACAUGGCAUUUGCAGCAUCUGAUCCCCUAUCUGAAUUAGUUUGGUCCCCUCACAAAGGUUUGAGCCUGAAAUGUGCUGAUAGCAGAUUAGCCGACAAAAAACCUGUUCUUCUGUGGAAUGUGGGACUAAGCAAUGUGAUUUCUCCACCAUCACAAAGCGGCAGAUUUAAGGGGACUUAUGAUGAAAAUGCUGUUAAUGAAAGAACAAUCGUUUCUCCGGAAAGGUUUCUUUUGGAUGGAGUAGUUGAUGACAAACAUAGUCUAGCUUAUGAGACCAACGUUAUGGGAUCAAAAUGCGGAAAUGAAGUAGGGUGCAGCAGCCAAGUGAAGAUAAUGAACACUGCUGAUGGAGUCGAUACUUUAGGCACUAAUCAAGAUGCGGAAAGUUUGAAGAAUACCGAGAAGGGCUUUUGCAUUAGUCAAGAUAUCCAGAUCCCUCAGACGGUUGAAAGUUCUGAAAAUCAUGCAGGUCAGGGAGAUUUAGGAACAGAGAGAUCUCAGCAACAUGGAGCCGAUUCCAAGCUUGAUACAGGAACUACUAAACCUCUAGCAGAGAAAACGAAUCAAGGAAUUUCUGCUAAUGAUAAGCGCAGAGACGGAGAUGUUUUGGUUAGCAGUCAUGCUUUAAUUCCUACUGUCAAAGACUCGGAAGCGGACGAAAGACUAGAAUUUGCUGUAGAAGAAGAUAGUAGAAACAGAAAAAAGAACUCCUAUACUACCAGUCCGCCAGCAGAAUGCAUAGCGGAGAAUGAUGUACAUCUCCCAGGGGUUAAGGAGACUUGUGAUCAGAAGGAGGAGCAACUUCUUAGGGACAGUUCUGUUCCUCUUGAAGCUUCUCCGACAUAUAGCAGGUCGUCGUCUUAUAGAAGGAAAGGGAAAGGGAAAGCCUUAUCCGAAGGAAAUGUCAACAGCAAGAUGUCGAAUGGUGAGGAAGAUAGCCAUGAAAGCGUAGAAAGCUGCAACGGUACAGGGUUAAUCCCAAAGGGUAAGAAACGGUGGAACUUUGAGCAGCAAUCUUUCGUUGGAAGUAAAAGAAUCAGAACGCAUGUGCAUAGAGAUUCUGCGGCAGAAUCGACAGUUGCGCGUAAUAGCUCUUUCAUGACUUGGAUAUCGAACAUGGUAAAAGGCUUCUCUAAGUCCAAUCUUAAAGAAUCUCCUACUCUCGCUCUUACCUUCACUCCUAAUAAUGAUGAGGAAAAUCAAGGAAAAGAGACUAAUAAUCAAGAAAUUGUUAUGUAUGACAAAGAUCAUGAUCCGAUUAGCAGGUCUAUGGGGUUUCAAACUGUAUUUCAGUCGCUGUAUUGUCCUACCUUGAAAGUAACUGAAAAAGAAACACCGAAAGAUAACAACGUCCUCAUUGAAGUUCCUCCGAUAUCGUGCCAUGGGGGGGACAAGGUGACUGCUUCAGCAGAAAACAAAGCUUCGAGUGACAUUGCAUGUAGCAAAGCAAAUGAUGAGCUGAACUCCACGGACUCAUUGUCUAGACUUAAAACCGGCAUUGGUGAGGAAAACAAUACCUGUCAUUCAUCUGAACGCGACACAGUUUAUGGCACGCCUAACAGAAAUCAGUCUCUUCAUAGUCUGUGGAUAACUAGAUUCUCAAAUAGGACUCCCGGGACUACUGUUCUGAGCGCAGAUAAUCCCAAGCCAACUGCACAUGAAACACUAACAUGUUCCACGGAAUGCAGAAGGCCUAAUCCUCAAGCUCAAACGAGUGUUGAUUGUGUGAUUGAACACCAAAUCUCAGGCGCAAGGGAGACUUCGUCUGGAGACGAAGACGAUGAUGUUGCAGCCAGCUCAAAAGAGAUCAAUCAGAGUAAUAUACAUCCUAUUAUACCUUCCGCCAAGUUCAAGAAAUCCGAGGCGCUGGCCUCUCUAUUUGCCAGGAGAUUGGAUGCCCUUAAACACAUACUACCUUCUUCAACUAGAGGUGAGUACAGUUACACAAGAACAACUUGUUUCUUCUGCGGCAGAAGCGGCCACGACUUACGCAACUGUUCAGAGGUGACGGAGUCUGAGUUGGAAGUUCUUACUAGAAACAUCAGGGCCUAUAAUGGGGCUGAGGAAUCUACUUGUCUGUGCAUUAGAUGUUUUCAAAUUGAUCAUUGGGCUAUUUCCUGCCCAACAUCAUCUCCAAACCGGAACAGGAAUGAUAAUUUGCAGCUCUUCACAGGCAAUGAAUGUUCAUCUAGCCUUCUCGAAAUAAAGCAGAGUCAACGGAUUGAACUUGCUAAUCAUGCUUAUCACAGUAAAAAUCAGCUUUGGUUUGCAAGAACUUCUGGUUCCAAUCAAAUUCAGAAAAAGAGAAUUUCUGAUCCUGUGGAGAACAGUUUAAAAGAAAGUAAAAUUUCUUCCAAUCUUGUUAGUAAGGAGAUAACAACAGAUGUCCCCAAAGGAAUUUUUGAUGUCAUCAGGGGUCUCCGAAUGUCUCGUGUGGAUAUUCUCAAAUGGAUGAACUCCAAUGCUUCACUAUCACAUUUGGAUGGGCUUUUCCUGCGUUUACGAUUAGGGAAGUGGGAAGCAGGGCGAGGAGGUACAGGAUACUAUGUUGCAUGCAUAACUGGUGUAAAAGGAGAAAAAUCUGAGAGAGAUUCUAGGAAACGCAUAUCAGUAAAUGUCUGUGGAGUCGAGUGUUUUGUGGGAAGCCAGUAUGUCUCCAACCAAGACUUUUUGGAGGAUGAACUAACUACUUGGUGGCGCAAAACGUUGGAAAGUGGUGGGAAGUUUCCUGCAGAAGAAGAUUUAAGACUAAAGCUCGAGGAGCGCCUGAAACUAGGGUUCUAAGAACCCGUCACAGCAACACAUUAGUACCGAGUUUGGUUUGUCCAAAAGUGUUACACCAGACCAAGAUAUGAGCUAUUCCACCAUCUUGUAAAUAAGAUUUUGGGUGCUAUUUCACAAAAUUCUUUGUUCUUUUUAUUUGACAUUCUAGACAUGUGAGAUUGAGAAUUAUUUUUUUAGUGUUCAUCUUUUGUAUAUAGAUGAAUUUGUUUGUGAUCACAAGGCAAUGAAAUGUUAAAUAACAUGAGACAUUGUUUGAAGUA